AUGGAAAUGACUAUCAAGAAAUCAAACAAAUUGGCACAAGUUACCAUUCUGAAGCAGAUCCUAAGAAGAUGUUCAAGCCUAGAAGAAAAAAACAGCAACCGUCUUCCUCAUGAUGUUCCUAAAGGUCAUUUUGCUGUUUAUGUUGGAAAAAACAGAGUUAGACAUGUUAUUCCAAUCUCUUUCCUUAACCAACCGGAGUUUCAAUUUCUUCUCCGACGAGCAGAGGAGGAGUAUGGCUUCGAUCAUGAUAUGGGUCUUACUCUUCCUUGUGAAGAAGUUGUCUUUAGAUCUCUCACAUCUAUGCUUAAGAUGAAAUGA